AUGACCUCUUCGUCGUCAAAUGUCGUCGGUGUCCAUUACCGCGUGGGCAAAAAAAUUGGUGAAGGCUCUUUCGGUGUGAUCUUCGAAGGCACCAACCUGUUGAACAGCCAGCAGGUUGCUAUUAAGUUUGAACCCCGGAAAAGCGAUGCUCCACAACUUCGCGAUGAAUAUAGAACGUAUAAGGUUCUCGUCGGAUGCCCUGGCAUCCCCAACGUUUACUACUUUGGCCAGGAGGGCCUUCAUAACAUCCUUGUAAUCGACCUUUUAGGCCCGAGUUUAGAGGAUCUCUUCGAUCAUUGUAAUCGAAGAUUUACCAUCAAGACAGUGGUCAUGGUGGCUAAACAGAUGCUUUCGAGAGUCCAAACGAUACAUGAAAAGAACCUAAUCUAUAGAGAUAUAAAGCCAGACAACUUCCUCAUUGGCAGGCCAAACUCCAAGGCUGCAAAUGUCAUCCACGUGGUGGACUUUGGAAUGGCAAAACAAUAUAGAGACCCCAAGACUAAACAACACAUUCCUUACCGGGAGCGCAAGUCACUGUCCGGUACCGCAAGAUACAUGAGUAUCAACACUCAUCUUGGACGAGAGCAAUCACGACGAGAUGAUCUUGAAGCGUUGGGCCACGUUUUCAUGUACUUUUUAAGAGGAGGUUUGCCAUGGCAAGGCCUUAAGGCCGCUACGAACAAACAGAAAUACGAAAAGAUUGGCGAGAAGAAGCAGACAACCGCAGUGAAGGAUUUAUGUGAAGGAUAUCCUGAGGAAUUCAAUAAAUACUUGACAUAUGUCCGUAAUCUGGGAUUCGAGGAUACCCCCGACUAUGACUACUUGCGCGACCUCUUUACCCAGGCAUUGAAGAACACUGGAGAAGUUGAAGACGGCGAGUACGACUGGAUGAAGCUAAACGGCGGAAGGGGUUGGGAAGCAGCCAAGCAAUAUCCCACCCAACACCACCUCCACACGUCGAAUGUUCCAAAUACCUCAACCCGUGAUAUUCACGGAGCUUCAGUGCCCCGGGGGCCGCACAGACCAGGGGAGUUGGGAAAGCGCGAGAGCGGCAAAAACGCCCCCGGCGGGCCGCAAGUCAAACGUCAAAACGGAGCGGCGGGGGUCCUCGAAACAACACCAGCUGCGUCGACUCAGGCUCAAUUUCAAAACUCCAACACCCAUCUUCCCGGUCGCAUAACCACCCCUGGUGGUAAUAAUCAUGCCAUGAACGCUCAACCCGCCACGCAACAAAUGCGACCGGCGCAAGACCCUGAUCCGACGUUCGUACAGAAGAUAAUGAAAGCUUUGUGCUGUGUCGGUAGAGCCAUUGGAAUGAAUGGCAUCGGUAUUUGGGCUUCCUGUAUCUAA